AUGUCUGUCAACGAGUCAGUCGUCUCUCCACAUGAAAACGAUAGUCGCUCAGCACUCCACCUUGAAGUAGAGCGUCCAAUCUCAUCUAUUGAAAUGCCGGUCAAUGUUGGUGGUACAACGCAAGACAUGAAUGCAGAGCAGUACCCUGAUAUCCCCUGCAUUGCCAGAGCAGACCCCAAUAGUAGCGACAGUGAGAAUAUGAGAAAGUCUCUUGCAGGCAAUGAAGAACAAUCGACAAAGAAAUACGGUGAUCGGCAUGAGAUCUGGGACCGGAACUUAGCUGUAGGCGGUCGGCGGAUGAAGCGAAAGUGUUCUCGAUGUGAAUUGGAACUUCAAAUGAUGGGGCAAGCCCAUGGCCCAGAACCGAGUCACAUUUGUGUCGAAUAUUGGGAAACAUCUGUUGCAUUGAGUCUACGGUAA